AUGACUGUCGAAAGGAUUGUGGACAAGAGGAAGAACAAGAAGGGGAAAUGGGAAUAUCUCAUCCGAUGGAAAGGCUACGGCAGCUCCGAGGACACAUGGGAGCCAGAACAUCACCUCCUGCACUGUGAGGAGUUUAUUGAUGAGUUCAACGGGCUGCAUGUGUCCAAGGACAAGAAAGUGAAGUCAGGAAAGCAGGCUGCAGCCUCCAAGCUCCUCCGUGACACCCGCAGCCCGCCAGUGGAGAGGCUCCCCCACAGGCCCCUGGAGCCCGGGAAAAGCAAGUCAGCUUCCCACAAGCGGAAACGCAUCAACUCUCCCCUGUCCAGGCCCAAGAAGGGGUCUUCAGGGAAGGCCCCUGGGGCCACUAAGACUGUGUCCUAUAGGACUACUCCCAGUGGCUUGCAAAUCAUGCCCCUGAAGAAGGCUCAGAAUGGCUUAGAGAACGGAGACGCUGGUUCUGAGAAGGAAGAGGCGCACUUUGGGAAUGGGUCCCAUCAGCUGGAUUUGGAUUUGGGUGACCAGGUCGGAGAACAGGAUGCCAGCGACUGUGAUGGGACCCACUCUGCGCUGGUGGAGAACGGAGUCGGCCCUGCUCUGACCAACGGAGGCCUGAACCUGCAUAGCCCCGUGAAGAGGAAGCUGGAGACCGAGAAGGACUACGUCUUUGACAAGAGGCUCAGGUACAGCGUCCGCCAGAAUGAAAGCAACUGUCGGUUUCGUGACAUCGUGGUGCGGAAGGAAGAGGGCUUCACGCACAUUCUUCUGUCCAGCCAGACUUCAGAUAACAACGCCCUGACUCCUGAGAUCAUGAAGGAGGUCCGGCGAGCACUGUGCAACGCGGCCACGGACGACAGCAAGCUACUGCUGCUCAGUGCGGUGGGCAGCGUGUUCUGCAGCGGCCUGGACUAUUCCUACCUGAUCGGCCGGCUGUCCAGUGACCGGAGGAAGGAGAGCACUCGGAUCGCAGAAGCCAUCAGAGACUUCGUGAAAGCCUUCAUCCAGUUUAAGAAGCCCAUCGUGGUAGCCAUCAAUGGGCCAGCGUUGGGCCUGGGAGCAUCCAUUCUACCCCUCUGUGACAUCGUAUGGGCCAGUGAGAAGGCCUGGUUUCAGACACCAUAUGCUACUAUCCGCCUCACACCUGCUGGCUGUUCCUCUUACACCUUCCCCCAGAUCCUGGGUGUGGCGCUGGCCAAUGAAAUGCUGUUCUGUGGGCGGAAACUCACGGCUCAGGAGGCAUGCAGCCGGGGCCUUGUCUCACAAGUCUUCUGGCCCACGACCUUCAGCCAGGAGGUCAUGCUGCGGGUGAAGGAGAUGGCGUCCUGCAGUGCCGUGGUUUUGGAGGAGUCCAAAUGCUUGGUCCGGAGCUUCCUGAAGUCGGUGCUGGAAGACGUGAAUGAGAAGGAGUGCGUCAUGUUGAAGCAGCUCUGGAGCUCCUCCAAAGGCCUGGACUCCCUCUUCAGCUACCUGCAGGACAAAAUCUAUGAAGUCUGAAGGGCCCCAGCUUGUGGGCCUCUCUGCUCAAGGGUACCUGACUUCCAGCUGGGCCCUAUGUUUCUGCCAUCGGAGCCCAGGGUCCGCCCCUAGCCAAGAGUUUGUCAGGGUGUGUCUUUACACCUAGGGUUGUGUCCAUUCCUCGUGUCCUUCGGUUGUUCCUCAUUGGUUUGAUUUUGAUGUAACAGUGGGAAACGCAGUACCCUUGGCCUCCCCGUGUCCCUAUCCCAGCCCGGCCGUAGAGCUUUCCAGGGUUACACCUUUUCAGGGCUCCGCCAGGCACUGCUUCCCUUUCCCCACUAGCUGAAACGCUCCACCGCCAUGGUCCAGAAGGGGACGAUCAACCUCCCCCAUCCUCCUGACUCAGGCUGUGUCUACACAGUGCCUCCAACUUGGAGAUGAGGCCAUCAUGGGUCUCUGAUUAAAUGAUCUGGGACCAGGGGACAAUCAUCUUAGGGAAUUCGCAGACCAACAAGCACGUGACUCUGUUGGCCCAUAGGCCUGGCUUCAGGCUCCUCUCCAAUGCAGCUCGGUGUGAUUCUUAGGGCUUGGUCUCAAAACCCAACUGAGUGAUUUACAAACCCAGAUAUUGUACAUUUAGAAAUGUUUUGUUAAAUAUAUAUUUUUAAAACAAUGUAAGUGGAAAUUCUGAUAAUUUAUGUGUAUUAUAUGUAAAGCUAGUUUUGCAAAAAAAAAACAUGAAUUACUAGGAAAAUUUUUUCUUUAUUCGGAUUUAUUUUAUUUAUUUAUUUUUGUUUAUAUAUUAUGAAGUCUAUUGUUCACACAGAUCUUAUUUUCAUACUACCCUGGACCAAAUACGAUUCAAGGUUCACGCCGUUUGGUGCGCGCUCACUGUGAGCCAUGUGGGAAGUUCAGAGAUAAGAACGGAAGGAUUUUCGUGGAUUUAAAAUGAACAACACUGUGUCAGGUCCUCUCCACGUCACUCUAAUAACAUGAUGCCAGUUCUCUAGUCUUGUUUUUAUGAUAAGUCACGGUGGCAUUUUCUCUGUCACUCGCUGUCAUUAAGGAGAACCUAGGACUCUUGUCAUCCCAAAUGGUCUCAAAGCAGGACCCAGUCCCUAAAUGAGCGGCAUUAAGGAAGGAUGGGGGUGCGGUCCUAUUUCAGGAUGAAAUAUUGCCUAGGGUGAGAUGUUCUUUUGCUCUGGGAUAGAUAAAUGAACUUGGAUGUCCAAGACCUUUCCUCUCAUAUGGAAGUUAAUGUCUUAGUUAGCUUUCUGGGAGUGUUGAGAAAGAAAACCCAGUCUCUGGAGUUUUUCUAGGGUCCAAACCAUUUUGCUUCCAGAAGCCUGAACAAUGAAUCUUCUUUUUUUUUUCUAGCUGGGAGAAUACAAGGGAGCAGUGUCCAGCAUGGAGGUCUCCUUGCCUCAAUGGCUGUGGGCUAUCGGAGGCCUCCAGUAGCUGUGUUCAUGUGAUCCAACUAAAGUCCCUGGAUCUGCAUGGUAGGGGGAGUUUGGGUUUGAGUUAAUAAAGAGACAGGACACAGAAGGAAGAGAGGCUCCACUGUGCCUGGAACCUCAAACCUCUUUGAGAUCAUGUGCCCAGAGAAAAUUAGACCAUCAGGGUGCCUGGAUAGUUCUAGAUAUGUUCCAGAUCUUGACCUUUGUUCUUUCUAUUCAUUUCCCUGUGAGUUUACAGCCUUUCUUAGCCCUGCCUUGGAGAUAGUGGGGUACAGCACCGAGUUGGCACAUCUUCUUGGAGGUUGGGGUGAGGAGGUGGGCUGCAAAGAAGGAGAGUUGGUUCUCUGUCUGCUCUCGAACGGGAAUAGCUACCCCAGUCCCAGGUGGAAGGAUGCCACAGGUGGUUGAAUGUUCUCAUGAGAACAAGUGAAGGGGCCCGACUCUACACCUGGGAGACGGAGGUAGGAGGAUUGCUGCAAUUUCAAGUCCCUAGCCCGGGCUACGUAAGACUCUGUCUCCAGUUGGGCCGUGGUAGCCUUUAAUCCCAGCACUCAGGAGGCUCCCACGUGUGCUUGGCCUUGCGCUCCUCAGGAUGACCUUUCCCUCUAUGGAAAGCGUUAGGGGUCAGAAGGGUUCAAGAGGGCCGGAGUUUCACUUCUCCGUUCUCUUUCAGCCUGUGCCUCUUGAACCAUGAGGAGACUGAAGGGACAGCCACUUCGGCUGUAUUCAGUCACAGGGAAACAGAAUAGAAUCCUGUAGUUUCCUGGUGUCCCAGUAGAACACUGUAGGAGCUGUAGGCUGGGGAGUAGAGAGUUAACAGAGGAGCGCUCUGGAUUCUACCAGGUGUCUGUUGUUGAACCUUCUCUAUUAGAUGAGUUCCAUGUGCUUCAUCCAAACCCUUAAGAUGGCCCUUGUUCUUGUGUACGUCUCCAAGCCUCUUCACAACUGCUGCUUCCUCUAUAGGUUCCAACCCUCAUGCUUUCUAAUUAAGCCAAUUUUGUCCAUAGGGAGCCAAGGGGUCAGGAUUCUUCCUGGAAAUGGAAAGGGAUGUUUAGAAAUUCCUGUUAUCAGUGUCCAUCUCUGAUUCCUCUGAUACAAUCAGAGUUUUAACUUUGGGUCCUUGAUGAACACCAAACCUCUGAAUGUAUCAAGGACCUGUGAUGACCGAGAUAGACAAGGAAUUCUUUCCAAGGUGGAAUUCGUACGGCUCGUUUUAAGUCCUUUCAAUAAAGUAGUUCUGCCACGUGGGCACAAGUCCUUUAGUCGGUCUGCCGCAGGGCUGGUUAAACCACUGAAAUGGCUGUUUUCAGGGUUGCUCUCGGGGUAGUGUGUCGUUGAAAUGCAGCCGACCUCCAGCAUCCUGAAUGGGGAUGGAAAGUCCCAGCCUGUGGUUGUAUUCAGAUUACCCUAAAGGCUUUAUUGAGGCAGGGUGCUGGCUUCCAUCUUCUAUCUUGUGCCCCAGUGUCCUCUCUGCUCCCAUGAGGUCCCUCUGCUUGUUCCUUUAGCUUUCUUGUUCCUUUCCCAUGCCAUCCUUUCCUAGAGCCCUAAGUAAAUCUUUGAGGGAUCGUAGAUGGUCUUAGAAGGCCCAACUCAAGAGUUCCUUUGAACUUGGAAGGACAGCUAGGGGUGAGAAGUAGAGAGUGCCUGUUCUGAGUCAACGUCCCUUCUGGCAAGCCACCCAGGACGCCCCCUGUCUGACCUGUCACGGCCUUGGCAACGGCAACUUCCAGCAUGUGGAUUUGACAUGGUUGGGGUUAGAGGCUUUGAUCCUGGAGACUUUUGAAGAGUUAUGGUUAAGAUGGCCAGACCACCUCAGCACAUGGAGGCCACUUUGUAAUGCGGGUGUUCUUUUAUUUAGGUGACCCUUUCCUGUUUCGAAAUAAAGUCUGAGUGGAAACAUGUUAUGCUGAGAAGGAAGUAGAGAAAAGACUUAAAGGCUUAUCCUUUGGCAUAGGUCAAACUGGGAAUUGUCCUCUCAGAAGCAUGAAAAGCUAAAGUUCAAUACGAGGACGGGAAAAUAACCACUUAACCACAACAGACUUUGAACAAUGCAAUUUUAUCUCUGACUCUGCUUUACAAAUCGCCUCGCCGAAUGCUGAAUUGUAUCCCCCACUCCUAACUCCUGGUUUCAAAAAUCUCUUUAGACGUUUGUAAUUUUUUUUUAAAUUUGGAAUUUAGUCCCACUCCACACACUUUUUCAAUCUAGUUUCCAUAGACUUUUUUUUAAAAGAUAAUAAUAAUAAAUAUCCCCCAAAUCUUCCUAUGGGAACAUUUAGAAGGAAGGCCCGCUUCUCUCCUGUAUUUCUGUUGUAUAUAUGAGACAAGAUGCCCUCACUAAUAGACACAGUAUUUAAGACUCCAAAUGAGAUUUCUUAAGUAUUUUAUUUUAUUCUCUGUAAAUGGUUUUGUAAAAUCUCGAAAAUCUACACUUUGCCUUUGUAGAUAUGUCUUCGGGGGCUUGUCUUGCAUGUGUGUUUUUUGUUGUUAUUGUAGCUAAGUGCCACUUAGUUCUUUCUGCGGGUUUUGGUUGAAAUGCUUAUAGACUUUAAUACAGUAUAUAUAUUUUCAGAAUAUAAACUUUUAUAUUUCUGUGGUAAAUUAGGACAUGCGUUUUAGGCAAUCUUUUCCAUUAAUAUCACUUCUUCCUUCAAAAAAAAAAUAGGUCGCACACUGGUUUGGUGCCAAUUUUUUUUUUUUAUCAAAUAGUCUUACAUUAAGAAAUCAAGUCAAUUUUCUUUUUUUCUAGAAGUCAUUGUGUUUGAAAUCUAAUUUGAAAAACGUGUUGAAUUUGUGGAAUAAGCCUUACCAUUAGGUUCAAUAAUCCUGCUGACCUUCAAAACUACGUGUGUCGUUCAAGCCUGUCCUCCCCCCCCACGCCCCCUCCCGCCCCGCAUAAAUUCUCACUGUGUGGCAGUUGAUGGAGCUGUGAACAGAGCCUUAAGGUUGUUGCAAAAAAUCAAUCAAUAAAUAAAAGGGUAAUACGGGUUGUUUCCUCCAUGUAAGCCAUGUUGGUGGGCUCAAUGCAGUCUGUAGCUCGUGGCUAACCGGAAGUCUGUAGCUCGUGGCUAACCGGAAGAGAGUGGUGGAGUCGAUGGCGGCAGGGACCAGGUGGAUUUCUUGAUGAAUGUCUUUGGCCAUAAUGUGGCAUGGUUUGGAGGUGGUAACAGGGAGGGCUGCCGAUUCAUCAUCUGUUCUAAACAAAUGACAGUUCCUGCUCCUGACCCCGGUGGGAACUCCAGGUUCCUUGUGGGUGACCUGCAAAUGUCCAGGGUAGCUAAAGUCGGCAGUCUCUGAGAGAUGCUAACAAAGUUUACAUAAAAGUCUUACUAUGUAGCCAAUCUGGAGUUGGUUUUUGUUCCGUCAUUGGCGUUGCCAUGCAUCCUUGGUGUUUCUGUGAGCAACUGGGUGUCGAGCCAUGCUAGACUGGAGUUCGGCAGAAUGGGCAUGCUGUAGACACAGAGCGCGCACAGCAAGCGAGCUGGCUUAUCCAGGGUUUUUCCAGUGGCGCAGAAAUCCCAGGUUUUAUCAGCAGCGGGCGUGGUGGAUCUUGGAAUCUUAAAGAGUUAAUUCUCAAAAGUUAAAUCCCAUUUUUUUUGGUAGGCGGCACUCUGGCCAUUACCAGCUGAUUCUCUGUAUCAACCUUCGGAAUAGGAGCGUGAGUUCAGGGCUGUGAGGCUAAGCAUGGGGGCCCUCUCUAGGAAGUGUCCAAUGUCACCUUUUCAGCAUUUGGAUUGAAAUUGGCAUGUGCUCAUGUGUCAGUCAGAAGACCUGACGUCUAGGGUUAGCUUCAGCCUUGCAUCUCUGGGUUGGCUUCACCUCUUAGUCUCAACAUCUAGGCUUCUGCUGGAGCAGGUUAAAUUGACUCUGAGAAGUUCAGAGGGUGCAGAGUUUUCCACCUAGUAUUCAAUUUGCCAUUAUGCCAUUAGUUCCAGCUUGAAGUUAUUUUCUAAUGGCUACAUUGACAAGGUCGUGAAAAUAACUGCCUUUCAUAAAACCAAGGACCAAAGAAUUUCAUGAUUCCAACCGAGCAUGAGUUUCAUAAGCUCUAGGCACAUCUGGGUCCAGAUGUGUGAGCUUUUCAUGGCACAGAGGACGCCUUGGUUCCCUCAAACUCAUGCUCCUCUAACUGGCCAUGCAGAGAAGUUGAAUAUCUCGUUGAAAGGCUCUGAAGGAGAGUUUCUGUGAUUGGAACUUAGUAUCUCAGGUGGGUGUUUCUGCUGUGUGGUCUCAGGUGUCUAUUUAUCCCGUUACAGAGUGGAACUCUGGGGUCCCGCCAGGUGUCUGAACACUGUAGACUCUUCCAUUUGUGUGGGGGCCUCCAGCUGAAGUUUUGCAGCUAGGUCUCCAGGGAUACAUCCUGUGACUGCCAGAUGUCCAUCUCCUUAGUUCCUCAUCAAGCCAUUCCACUUCCUGCUUAGUAGAGCAGGAAUUUUCUUCAGCGCCCCCUCCCCCAGGGGAUGCCCCCGUUCUCAUACUCAUUCUUGAUGAUGUCAUUGACUUCUUUACUAAUCCAGAGAUGACUGAUGUUAAAGAAGUGCUAUUCUAUUGGUAAGGCUUAUUACCAAACUUCUGAUAAUGAAGCAGGCUACCAAAAACGUGUCCAGCUCACCCUAGGAGUGUUUGGGUUUGACCAUGGAUGUGGCGUACACACCAAAAUCCAUGGAUACCUUUGCAGGUUAGGUUACUCAUUUUCUUUUGCCAGAUUUUCACUGGAGAGUCCUUAGUUUUGGAUACUUGUAAGUAUGAGUCCUUCAUAGAGUUAUAUGCAGGUAUAGCUGGCCCAUUCUCCACAUUGUAAAUAUUUUCCCCAAACUGGGUGCAGUACUGAGGGUAAUAACCUUCUGAUUUAUCAAAUGCUGACUGUCUGGAGCAAAUCGUCCACUCUUUGUGAAUGGUCCUGUAACGUAUAUGAACCUAUUUCUGGGUGCCUUAGAAGUUGUAUUUUUCAUGUGUGCUAAUAUGCAGUAUUUAUACAUCGUGAGAAGCUGCUUUGAAUAAAAAGAUUGAAACUUCGUC